AUGGCAGAAGUAUCAUCCUUCUCUCGUUUAGAGAUAGCAUGUUUGGAAGGAAGACUUCAGUCUGUUCGGUUUCGACAAAAGUCGUUUCAUUCUCUUUACAACAUCAUCCAAACACAAUCAUCCAACAUCAAAGAUGCCAUCGCCGCAGAUACGGGACACACCGAGGCCGAAGUCACUCUGGAAUACGCCCUGGCCAUAUCGGAACUACGCUCACAUUACGACGAGUUGAACCUCGAGGAGGACAUCAAACAGCAACAUUCCCUGGAGAAUCUCAAAGCAACCACAACGAACACAGGCAUCGUCUAUCUGAUUCCAUCCAAGCAGAACCUCUUUUACUCCGUCAUCUCGGCCUUGACGGCAUCUCUGGCUGCCGGUAACUGUGUCGUUGUCGAGCUCCCAACGACAUUGACCCAAGUGUCGGGCUUGCUUCGUAAGAUGUUGCCUUCAGCUUUGGAUUCCGACGUGUUUGCCAUCAGCAGCACAAGACCACCCCAGGACUUUUUGUCCAAAUGUCAAGUUGUGUCUCAGGCCGAAGAGGACGAUGACACUUUGUCGUCCUCUGCAAAGGUAGUGGCGAUUGUCGAUCGAAGUGCCAAUGUGUCUGAGGCUGCAUCCAUCAUUGGCACGUCGAGAGUCUCAUUCAACGGCCGAGCAGCGUAUGCUCCUGACCUUGUCCUUGUCAAUGAAUUCGUGGCCGACGACUUUUUGUUUCAUCUUGUGCAAGCCGUGACCACACCAUUGUCCAAACCAAGUAAUUCAACAAUCAAUCAUCAACAGCGCUCCUCCCCCAAAGCUCAAUCUGAUGGAGUUGGUCAGAUCAUGAAGGAGCUCGAGAGUAGUGAGGGCGUCAGAGUCGUCAUGUCUGGUGCGAGUGGUAACAUUGUCGAAGUCAAAGAUCGGCAAAAGGCUCCAUUAGGUCGUCGUAUCGAAGGUCGAGUCAUCUUGGUUUGUCGAAUAACCAGUCUCGACGAUGCAAUUGACUUGUGUAAUGGCCUCAAGACACCCCUACAAGCUUCAUAUGUCUUUGCCGCGCCAACCGAAGCAAACUAUCUAUCUAGAUACACCGACGCAAGGAUUUCUUGCACGAAUCACAUCCCUGCCGAACUAUUGGGCAAUCGGUCCAUUUGCACCUCAACAUCAGACGAUUCCGCCGAGUCCAUCUCCACGUUAUCCGACUAUUCUGUUCCGGUCCCCACGACCUAG